AUGGCUUUGCAUAUCGUCAGAUGCCCAAAUAUCGUCGCCACCCAAAACCGGCACCGAGGACCUGGGGCGACAAACCUCGAAUCCCUCGCCUCCCCUUCCUACUUCCCUCCUCCUCACCAACAGCAGCAACAGCAGCGACCCGGCUCCUCCUCGACGACCUCGGAGAAACCCAACCCCACCACCCACCUCACCUCCCACCUGACCAACCUCCCCCACCUCAUCCGCGAAUCCCGCGAAGCCCACCACGAGUCCCGCACCGCCUCCGACCUCGCCCUCGUCUCCCUCGUCAUCCCCCACGUCGAGGCUCUCCUCCACCGCUUCGCCACCCGCCCCGUCCUCCCCGCCCUCGCCGAGCUCACCGUCCGGCGACUUCACCUCGGACUACACCUACGCCUUCUCCUCCUCCCCUCGGCCUCCUCCUCUUCCGCCGCCGCCGCCGCCUUCAACCCCUCCAACCCCUGGCAGACCCGCAACGAGUUUGACGACUGGGGCCGCUGGGGCGACGACCUCGGCGGCGGCGCCUCCUCCCGCAACUCCCCAGAGGCCCUCUGGUGGAACGACGAGGAGCUCGCUACCCGCCUCGCCCGCCACCUCCAGCCCAGACACGCCUCCGUGCCGCACCGGGCCCCUCCCGGCGCCAUCCCCAGUCCUGCCCCCACCGGCGUUUUAACCAAGGAGGAGCCCCGCCCGGCCCCCGUCCCCGCCGCGACCAGCCGCUGGAGCAUCUUCAAGUCCCCGGACCCCGUCACUCCUUCCCCUAAACCCUCUCCCAGCUUCUACUAUCAUGCCCAGCAGCAGCAGAUGGGCUUCCCUCCCCUUCCCUCCGAAGAGGCUGUCGUCAUGACCGUCAAGGCGGAAGAGGUCACCUUUCGAAAGGAGAACGCCUUUGGCAUCUGGGAAAGCAAGAACGGCUACGGCUUGGUGGUAAGGGUGAGGACGCGGAGGUAA